GUAAGGUUAGUGAUUUAGUGGUAGAGAAGGGAGGGUGGGUUAAGAUUAAUUGAAAUCAGAAUAAGUAUAGCCAAUUGGGUUGGGGUUGUAUUUAGUCCAAAUUGGCGUAUCCAAUUGACAUAUUUACCCCAUACGAACAAUCAUGGGUCAUUCACAUCACCGUUUUCCAUAGAAAUCACUAGCAGCAACUGAGGGAAUGUUCAAAGUGGAAAAAAUUUCGAAUAUUGAAGAAGCAAUGUUUUCUAAUACCAAACCAGCCAAUCCUAGUAAAUUGCCAUGCGUGUACACAUAUCCCAAAGAGACGUGUUCAAGAAGAAAAGAAGGAUAUAAAUGAACAUUGCAACUAGUAAUGUAGGCAAUUACUUAAAAGGAAUUAUUUCAAGCAUCAGCAGUUUCCUAUCUGUAUCAUAAAUUACUUCUAUUUCUUCUCCAUAUCUUGGAAGGAUGUUCACUCAAAUCCUAUUUUUGUGAAACCUUCUGUUGGGUACUACAGAGGGAGACAGUCAGAACAGCUUCAGAAUUUGCAAAACGGAAUCAGCUGCCCUCACAUGUACAGGAUCAAAUGUUGUCACACAUAUGUCUCAAAUUUAAAACAGAUGGAUUGAAGCAGCAAGAGACCUUGAACAGCCUGCCAAAAGCCAUACGUUCCAGCAUUGCGUACUAUCUCUUCUUCCCCAUUGUUCAAACUGUCCAUCUUUUCCAAGGGGUUUCUCAUGACUUCCUUUUUCAAUUGGUAUUCUUCUUUUUCCUCCCUUGUUUUUCUUUUUUUUCUGUUUCUGAAAUGGAAGCCGAGUAUUUCCCACCCAAGGAAGAUGUGAUUCUACAAAAUGAGGCCCCAACAGAUGUGUACAUACUGGUCUCAGGAGCAGUGGAUUUGAUUGCACAUAUCGAUGGGCACGAUCAAGUCCUAGGAAAGGCUGUUGAAGGGGAAAUGUUCGGGGAAGUAGGGGUUCUAUGCCACAGACCACAGCCAUUCACUGUUCGGACCACUAACCUCUCUCAAAUAUUACGCCUGAACAGGACUACAAUGAUCAACAUGAUUCAAGCAAAUGCAGAAGAUGCACGAAUUAUUUUGAACAAUCUUUUUCGGAAACUGAAAGAUCUGGAAUGCUUUGGCUCUGAACAACACAUUGAUCUGAGUUUGAUCCUCAGUCAAUGGCUUGAUGAAGGACCAAAAGGAGAAAGCUGUUCUCAUGCUGGAGAUCCACUACUACAGGAAGUGAGAGCCAUAGAUUUACUUGAUUCAGAAGCACGACAUAAGACAGAAAGAGGAAAAGCUUGUAACUCCAAUAGAUGCAGUAAGGAUGUAAAUUCAACAACAGAGGAUGGCCAAACAACUCUUAACCUUGCUGUUCUCAAGGGGCAAAUUGAAAAGGCUACGAACCUGCUGGAAGAGGGGCAAAUGCAAACAAACCAGAUGCAAAAGGGGAUAUUAAGUGAGCACAGAAUAGAGAUUACUGAAACAGAAACCGCAGAAAACAAUAGGCAUGAACAAUUCAAACCUACAAAAAAUGGGGCCACUAAUUGUUCUGACUCUUAUCUUAGAAGGCAGACAUUCUUCAGCCCAAACAGUUCUAGCUAUCCGGCGGAUACAAGAGUUGGAAGAUUUCUCAAGAGGAGAGUCACCAUUCACAUGAAGUUUCAAAAGAAGAGCUCAUCACAAAAGCAGCUUGGGAAGCUAAUAAUCCUACCUGAUUCACUUGAAGUGCUGUUCAGCGUUGCAGGUCAAAAAUUUGGAGGCUACAAUGUCACAAAAGUUGUAAAUUCAGAGAAUGCAGAGAUAGAUGACAUAAGUGUCAUUCAAGAUGGGGACCAUUUAUUUCUUCUUACAGAUGAUGGUGAAGUCAGAGAUUGUAAUGUGACCUAA